AAGAUCUAUUUCAGCAAGGUAGUGGAAAUUGCUAUUAUAUGAGAAGAUCUACUUCAACAAAAUAUAAAACAGGUAGAAAUUGCCAUCAUAUGGGAAGAUCUACUUCAACAAGAGAAAAAACAG